AUGGCCGGCGCUCUCGCUACCUCUAUCUACCAGCACGUCUCCCCUCCCCAGUCGACUCUCAUCCGCCGAAAUGCUGUCUACCUGACUUCCAUCUUCGCCGGUGCCUUCGCUUUUGAAGUUGCCUACGAUACCUCCACCAACAAGCUCUGGGACACCUGGAACCGUGGCCGCCAAUGGAAGGACAUCAAGCACCAAUACCUCAACAAGGCUGACGAGGAGGAUGACGAGUAA